CACACACACACACACACACACACACACACACACACACACACACACACACACACACACACACACACACACACACAUGCAGUUUGCGAGGCUAUGCCAAAAUAACAAGAGGACGACCGAGGCGGCCUGCCGCGUGCAGAACGGGAGAAGCCUGACGGAUCAGUCCGGGGGAUCGAUCGCCAUGCACGCUUGACGCGAAAAUGAAGCGCAAAAGCGAGAGGAGGCGAGCGGAGUCGAGAAAAAAGCGCCGCGCAGCUCCGGGCUCCGAGGCGGAGUCUCAAGCUGAUAUUUACAUUGGCAUAACAGAUCAACUGUGUUUCGCUAUAAUUCAGCAUAAGGUCAAGAGUACGGCUGAACGACACUGUUUCUGCAUAGAUGAGGAACUAUCGUAUGAAAACUUCUAUGCGGACUUUGGCCCCCUUAACCUGGCCAUGUUUUAUCGCUUCUGUUGCAAGCUCACAAAGAAGCUGAAGUCCAUUACUCUCUCAAGGAAGAAGAUAAUAUUCUAUACCUGUGGAGACCAGAAGAAGCAAGCCAAUGCAGCUUACCUUAUCGGCUCAUAUGCAGUAAUGCAUCUUCACAUGACACCGGAGGAGGCAUACAGCCUACUGUCAUCGAGGAGCUCCACUUACCUCCCAUUCAGAGAUGCUUCAUUUGGAACUUGCAUGUACAACUUGAACAUCCUGGAUUGCCUACGUGCUAUCCACAAGGCUUUGCAGUUUGGUUGGCUUGACUUCUCCAACUUUGAUGUGGAGGAAUAUGAACACUAUGAGAGAGCAGAAAAUGGAGACUUCAACUGGAUUAUUCCAGGAAAGUUCCUUGCAUUCAGCGGGCCUCAUCCAAAAAGCAAAAUAGAAAAUGGGUACCCUCUUCAUGCUCCAGAGGCCUACUUCCCCUACUUUAGAAAACACAACAUAACCACUAUCGUCCGGCUCAACAAGAAGAUGUAUGACGCCAGGCGUUUCACAGACUCCGGCUUUGAGCACCACGACCUGUUCUUUGUGGACGGCAGCACACCGAAUGACACGAUUGUCAGGAAAUUCCUCAACAUCUGUGAGAAUUCAGAGGGAGCCAUUGCUGUCCACUGUAAAGCUGGGCUAGGCCGAACCGGCACUCUGAUCGGCUGCUACAUGAUGAAGCAUUACCGCCUGACGGCUGCAGAGGCCAUCGCCUGGAUAAGGAUCUGCCGACCGGGAUCUGUCAUUGGGCCUCAGCAAAACUUUGUCGAGGACAAGCAGAACAGCCUGUGGGCAGAGGGAGACGUGUUCCGCGAGAAGAUGUUGAGCGAACGGGAAAACGGGAAAAUGGCCGUCACCAGGAUCCUGUCUGGUGUGGAUGAUAUCACCAUCAACGGGAGCAACAAGAACAGAGUACCCAAGAAAGAGGACAUGGAACUGUAUAAUGAAGAAGAGGAGAGGAAUGGUUUGACACAGGGUGAUAAACUGAGAGCCCUGAAGAGCAAGCGUCAGGCCAGAUCAUCUACAGGUUCACUAUCACAAGAAGAGAAUAAGAUUCAUACCCGGUCAUCAUCACAGUCCCUAAGGAUCAUCCUGCAGUCCAGCAGCCAGAGCUGUAAGGCCACCAUUAACCCCCCAGCUAUGUCCAACCACUCAGACAGCAGGAAGAGGACCAGAACCUCACUGCCAGCUAAUGGUGUCGGGGGCAGCUCCCUGUGCCACAGCAGACUAGCCAGGUCGCUAGGCUUCCUGAAUGUAGAGGCCGGCGACAGAGACCCGGUGUGUUGUGAGCCGCAUGGCAGCCAUAGGGGCACAGGCACCAGCACAACCAACACAGGCACUCUGAUCAACCUAAACAUGGCAAAUGCCCCUCAGCAGGCAAGCUCCCUCCCAGACCCAGUUUGAGUCCUAGUCAAGCCCGGGCUACAUAUACACACAAAUACAAUUCACUCCAUACCCAAAGCUAGAGCGCCUCUACUUCGGUGAGCUGGAGGAUUCUACAUGAAGCCCUGAUUUUAAUGACUGUCCUUCAAAUAGAUUUUUAAUUCUGAAAAAAAAAGGAGUUAGAAUAAGCUCUCUUAACCAGUCCAGUGUGACCUGUUGGUUGUGGGCAAAGGGAUUAUGUCGAUGAAAUUAUCUCGUGUCUGUUAAAAACUCUUGAUGUGAGUGACAUCUAAAUCAUGUAAACUUCAGUUGGUUGCCAACUUUUUUAACCAUAAAGUACUUUUUUUUUUUAUGGUUUAAAUACAGUCUUUGGUGUAGCCGUUUUCUUACUUAAUAUAAAGCAUGCAGUAGUAAUCAUCUAAUCAAUCGUCAACUGUCAGACUGGCAUGUGAAUGUGCUACUCUAGUUUCUAACAUUGGGAAUAACUUUUCCACUUAAGGUAGAACGAGUAGGAUUUUCCUGUAAAUCAGUGUAUAGACUCAUGCAAAAAUAAUCUCUCUCAAUCAUCACUUAUGACCCACUAGACGUGGGUGGUGGUGUCUGUGUCUGCAGAGAGGCUGUCCUCUGCCUGUGUUUUCUCAUUUUUGUUGUGUACGGGACGUUUCUGGGCGUUAACCUUUGGGCAGCGGGACUCUAUAAAAGCAUAGAGGAAGCUACUACAAUAGUGGACACAGCGCCGAGUGGACAAAUCUCGUUCCAAAACGAGAGUGAAUCUGGAGUUGUCUGAAGGAGAGGAUGGGGAUGAAGAGCAACGCUCUGACACUGCGGUCAGGGGGCAUGUCCUUUUGGGGACAUUGGGUCGGGGGGGGGGCAACUUUGAACGUUGUUUACAAACUGCAAGCGACAAAUCCUACUUGUUCUACCUGUGCAGAACGCUCUUUUUUACCAACGGUUUACGUCCACUUCUGAAAGUGACCCAUAUCCGAUUCCUGUGCUUGCACAACUGUUUAGUUCGCACUUGAAACAACCCGCAAGCGUACACAUACAUGAGAUUUGGUCACUGAUCUGCAUUUUGAAUGACGUGGUGUACACGUCAUUGUGAUCUAUGUUUCACAAUUUAAAAAAAAUGUUUGUGUGCUGUUAAAUGAGUAACAUUGCCAGAUGUCAGAUUCCUGUCCGAUUUAUAUCCACAUAUGAAUUUGGUCAAAAUCAGAUCUGAAAAUAUCCGGUUCCAUUUACCCCCCACAGUGAUAAAUACAUAUCCGAUCUGGGCCACUUGAGCAAAACAAAAAAAAUCUGAAUGGGGUCACUUGUACCUGGCGGUCUCAACCUAGCCUUAGUAGUGGGAAAUUGUGUACUAUUAAGGGCGAUGUACAGGUAUGUGUAGGAUUUCAUUCCAGCCAAACACUAUUUCAGCUGAUAUCUGAAAACCUGAUUAGUAAAAUAACUUAGUAAAGUCAUCUGUUUGUACCGUUUGGUCUGAAGGAAAACUACUUGAGGCCCUCAAGGCAUGAUUGCCCCCUACUGUUCUAUAUAAGGCACAAGCACUAGGAAGUCAGUCGUUUGUCAAAGAAAUCCAUCCCAUGAACGAGUUACAGUAUAAUGCGUCAUGUGUCCUUCGUUCCAUGUCUGGCUCAAAUUACUUUUUUUCCCCCGUGAGGCUUUAUUUUUCUUUGAGCUGCUGUAUUUCAGAACUGUAAAUAAGUAAACAUUUGAUAUACUGAAAACAAUUUAUAUUUUGUAAAUAUUUUGUACUGGUUUGAAAUUAAUCAUACUGUCAAAUGGAAAAUAGCUGUCCUGAUGGGGCAAUUCAUGUUCAUAAUCUACUUAAUAUCUGCCUGGAAUCAAUUUUUAAUUAAAAUCUUUUAU